ACACCCAACACAACUGUGUUUACACAACUGCGUUACUUAUUUUAAUAAUAAAUACUACUUAUUGAAUACGACGAUCAUUACCAUUUCACCAUUAACUUGCGACAGAUACUAUGUCUUUCUUGGCAUUUUGUGCUAAACUGAUCGUACUAGUGUUUCUUGGAGAAUGGAAAAGUGUAAACUCGUCCAGGGUUCUAGUGAUUGUUCCUUCACCGAUACACAGCCAUCAAGUGCCGUUCCAGGCACUUGCGAAAGAGCUACUACGCCAUGGACAUCAUGUGACUAUCCUCACAACUGACCCCAUCUACCCGCCUGGCCAAACACCCCAAAAUUUCACCGAGAUAGACCUUCAUGAAGUAUCAUACAAGAUUUGGACAGAUGGCUAUAGAAAAGUGCAACUAAAAGCAGGUAAUCCAAAUGAAUUUUACACCCAAAUAAAGACAGCUUAUGAUAUCGGUUAUGAUCUUUUCCCAAAACAAAUGAAGACUAAAGCCAUGAGAGAGUUGUUAGCUGAGAAAACUAAGCAGUUUGACUUAGUGAUUGUAGAAGCUUGGGUGUACCAAGCAUUGGCACUGGCUCACGUAUAUAAAGCGCCAGCAAUUUUAAUGAGUACUUUGGGGAUGGAGGAUGAAAUGUAUGAAGAUGCAGGUGUUCCAAUACAUCCAAUUAUUUACCCCGACGUUUGUUAUACUCGCCGUUACAAUCUAUCCUUUUGGGGUUAUGUGAAACAUUUGUAUAAUCGUGUCAGAAUGCACUAUAUGCAGAAGAGUUUGAUUGAAAAGCAAGAUGGAAGAGUGAAGGAGGUUUUUGGUGGUGAUAUGCCAUCAGUGAAGGAGAUGAGAAGAGACGCGGUGGCGCAGUUUGUGAGUUUGCACCCUGUGUUGGAAGGUUACCGACCCUUGCCUCUGAAAGUAGUGCAUGUUGGGGGGUUGCAUAUCGCCCCGCAGAAGAAAUUGCCUGAGGAAAUACAAACAUUAAUGGACUCAUCGCAACACGGCGUGAUUUACAUGAGCUUCGGCAGCCAUAUGCACCCAGCCAUCCUACCACCGGAGCGUUUGGAGAUACUCCGUCGCGUCUUCUCAACACUCCCCUACAACGUGGUUUUGAAGUGGAAGGGAGACCCACCAGCAUUUUCCAGCAACGUGCACACCUUUUCUUGGUUGCCACAGGCUGAUUUGCUACAUCACAAAAAGCUUCUCCUCUUCAUCACACAAGGAGGUCUCCAGUCAACCGAAGAAGCAUUACGAGCUGGAGUCCCACUGUUGGGCAUCCCACUAAUGGUGGACCAGUGGCUUAACGUCGAAAAUUAUGAACGGCUUGGCUUUGGCCUAGGAUUGGACCUGCAUACAAUGUCUGAGAGCCAGCUCCGGGAUACCAUUGAUAAACUUAUCAAUGAUAAACGCUAUCGCAAAAACUCAAUGCGAAUCGGUCGUGAGAUGCAAGACCGUCCCCAGACUUCACUACAACGGGCUGUAUGGUGGGCAGAACGGGCCAUGCGUUUCCACGGUCGAGACCUGAUUACACCGCCACCUUCUACCACUUGGGACGACAUUUUAUAUGUUCUAAUGAUUAUAUUUAUAAUAGGGCCUUUAGUAAUCAUAUCGGUUGCUGUUUUUGUUUGUAGGAUCAUGUUAAGGAAACUGAGAUUGAAAGUUUUGAAAAGGCGCGAGUGGCUAGUGGAACGUAGAAAUUUACCGUAGUAGAUGUUGUUGAGUGUUUCAAAUUAUUUUUUAUCACACCCGCACUUUAAAUGUGCUAUUGCACGCAGGCGGAGCGUGA